GUUUUGGAGCUCGAACUCUCUCAUCUUGUUCCUGUGCUCGUAGUCUUCAGGUGCUGUUGUUUGAUGAUGUUACUGGAGACUAUAAUAACUGCUAGUUUGUGUGACUUACAUGUGGUCUGGGGCAGUGAGUACUUGUCGUAGAGUCGGUGUUUUGCAUUUGCUGCGACGAGUGAACUUCUCGCCUGGUUUACAAUUAUGUGACAGAGGAUGGUUUCCUGCAGUCUUUCGCGCCUAUACAAAAUUCUCUAUUAUUGAGGAGGUUGAUGAUGACCGUGACCAUGGUAGCUGGACGUAUGAAAAGAGUGCUCUGCCAAUGACACUAGCAAAAAGUUUAGCGUGCCUUCCUGAUGAAUCCAGCACUUCCAUCAAAAAGAAAAAGAUGAGCCGAAUGGAACUCAAGAGAGCAAUUGAACUCCGCAUCAAGAAAAGAGUCAAGGUGCAAUAUUCACAUGGAAAAUUUCAUGACCUUAUGGAGAAAGUGAUUGCUAAUGCCAGCACUCUGCAGGAUGCAUAUGAUAUCGUUCGACUAAAUUCUAAUGUUGAUAUUGGAUCAGAAAGAGAGGAUCUUUCCUUUGCUUCUAUGGCUGAACAGCUUGCUAGUGGUAAAUUUGAUGUGAAUGCAAAUUCCUAUGCUUGUGUUUCAAAGAACGAAAAAAAAGAAUGCCUUGUCCUUCCAAGGUUGAAGUUGAAGGUCAUUGAGGAAGCAAUCAGGGUGGUACUUGAGAUAGUUUAUAGGCCAUUCUUCUCAAAGAUCUCUCACGGUUGCCGAAGUGGUAGGGGCCAUCUAUCAGCUUUGAGGUAUGUUUGCAAAGAGAUAAAUAAACCCGAUUGGUGUUUCACUAUAUGCAUGAAUAAAGAGGCUGAUGACAGUGUCAUCUCUAAGCUCAUAUCUACAAUGGAGGAAAGGAUCAUAGACAACAACUUAUUUUCUUUUAUUCGUUGUUUAUUUCAUGCUCGUGUACUUAAUUUGACAUUUGGAUGCAUCCCAAAAGGCCAUGGUCUUCUCCAAGAAGGGGUUCUCUCUCCGAUUCUGAUGAAUAUAUAUCUUGACAUGCUUGACCGGGAAUUCUUUGCUAUAUGCAUGAGGCAUGAAGGACUUGGUCUGCAUGCUGGUGUUUCUAAGGGUGGGCAACACUCAAUGCUGCGGAGUUGGAUUCGUAGACAAAGGGACAGUGCUGAUAGUGGCAAAGAACUGAUAAAUGGCUCAGAUGUAAGAAUAUAUGCUUGUAGAUAUAUGGACGAGAUCUUUGUAGCUGUUUCAGGUUCUAAAGAUGUUGCAUUGAGUGUGAAAACCGACAUCACAAAUUACCUGAGGCUCUCUCUUAAUCUAGAUGUGAUAGACUACACAGACAUUUUACCGAUGCGUGAUAGGUCUUGUGUGCAGUUUCUUGGUACCAUGGUUCGUGUGACUGCUGAAGAAAGUGAAGCAGAGAAAGCAGUGCACAAGUUGAAGGAUAAAGUACGGCUAUUUGCUUCUCAGAAGAAAGAAAUAUGGGAUGCUGGGACAGUUAGGGUAGGUCAAAAGUGGCUGGCUUAUGGUUUAAAGAGAAUAAAAGAAUCAGAGAUCAAGCAGCUUAAGCUCAGUACUCAAUUAUUGGAUCAUGUUGCCCAGUUCCGCAAGGAUGGAAUGAAGACAGAUCACUGGUUUAAGUCCUUGCUCAAGAUUUGGUUGCAAGAUAUCAAUGCCAGAGCUGAAGCUAAUGAGGGGAUGGUUCUAUCUAAAUACAUCACUGAGCCAGCACUUCCAUCAGAACUGAGAGAAUCAUUUUAUGAUUUUCAAAUGCAGGCUGAGAAAUAUAUUUCCUCUGAAACAACCGCCACUCUUGCAUUGCUUUGCAAGUCAAGCAAUAUUGCAAGUACAAGCAUGAAGAAGGAUAAUACUGUGACCAAGAUGGAGGCACCUAUCAGCUUUAUAGCAAAGAUCCUCAACCGUUAUGGUUUAAUCAACCUCGAGGGAUUUCCCAGGCAUGUUUCUACACUAAUUUUACAAGAUGAUGAUCUAAUCAUAGCUUGGUUUUCAGGUCUUGUUUGUAGGUGGUUAAAAUGGUAUUCUGAAUAUGAUAAUUUCGGAGACAUUAAGAUAAUGAUAUCCGAAUGUGUGAGGAUAUCAUGCAUCCGAACUCUAGCAGCUAAGUACCGGAUACAUGAAUCUUUAAUAGAGAAGCAGUUUGAUUCAGAAUUGAGUAGCAUUCCAAUGACUGAAGAACUAGAGACCGAAAUGGCAUCAAUAACAUCCAGUGCUGAAAAUCAAGAUGAGGGUUUGAUGUAUGGGAUUUCAUACAGUGGCCUCUGUGUGCUAUCACUGUAUAGAGUAAAAGUUCCAUCUCGGGUGUUCAACUGCUUUGUGUUUGGAUGCUGUGUUUCAUGUCCAAGCAUGUACACUCUACUAGUGAAGGAGAGGCAGAAGUUUCCAGGUUGGAAAACAGGAUUCUCAGCAGCCAUCCACCCAAGCUUGAACGGAAGACGAAUCGGCUUGUGCAAUCAGCAUGUUAAGGAUUUGUACAUGGGUCAUAUAUCUCUUCAGUCCAUAGAGUUUGGUGCAUUGAACAAAUGAGUCCUCAAUAUGUCAAGACAAGUUUCAGCUGCAAUUCAUCAACACCAUUACAUUUGUUAUACACUAUUCAACUCAGAUUGGAAGAUGAAGGUAAUCUUCCUCCAUUUUGCAUUCACCAUUCAGCACUAACUCACAAACUACAAAGCAGUCUUUACACUGAUGAUGAGAUGAGACUUGCAAUCAAGUAUAUUUACAGAAAAAGCUUUUCUUGUUAGCAUUGACUUUGUUAGCUCGCCAUUAAGGUAAAACUUAAGUUCAUAACAUGUCACAUUUUUGCAGCACUAGUGUGAUGAUAAGUUCUUGUGAAGUAGGAGAGAGCAUGCAAGCACUAUUAUGAUUAGGACAUUCAGGUUAUUUCUUGAUUCUGUGAGAAGGCAUGCUGUGCUUUGUAAAGGUCACACAAUGAAGAACCAACUGAAGGCAUACUCUUGUUAGUGCAAAGAAUUAGCAUUGAAACUAAUGAGAUCGACGAAUGGCAUCGUUUUGACGGCCUCACCGUUGUUCCCGUGGUCCCUCUAACGACGAACUCUGGCAACCUGCUUCUCUGUUUCAGAUGCUAUUCUUGUUAAAUCAAAUUUGUUCUUCAAGUUGCUUUUGGUGACUUGUAUCUGUUAAAGUUAGAGAAUUUCAUCACUAGUGUGUUUUUGAGAUGAUUAAGCUUCUAAGUAUAUAUAUAUAUAUAUAAGUACUUGGCCUUCUUGGCUUGUAAAUUCUCUAGUUUA